AAUUAAUUAAAAAAAAAAAAAACUCUGCCCAGAUCGUAAUGUAAAAAUGUAAACUGCUACUGUAAUAACUGUUUUUCCAUUCAUAAUACACAAUAAAUUUCAGACAAACACAUCCCUUUAAUUCAACUCAUUGAUUCAGAUUCCUUCUUUCUUUCUCUACCAAUAAAAUCUCCAUGAAAGUUUUUCUUUUCUUUUCUGAUUUUUGGUGAUUUGGGUUAUGGAAAAAUAACUGAAAAGCUGUGAUCUUUGUUGUAGUGGGUAUUUUUUUUUUUUAUGUUUCUUAGAAAUGGGUUUGAUGGAGAGUUCAAUAAUGCAUCAUGUUGUAAUAGUUUUGGUGCUGCUUUGGAUACUUUCUCACUUCGAUCUUUGCCAUCCUGUUGCUUAUUUUGUGUCUCUCAUUUACCUCUACUUGGUUCAUGAAAGGUAUGUAAUGAGAUUGGGGAAGAAAUUGGAGUUUGAGGGAAAAAGGCAAUCUUUUAGGAGAAGGGUGCUUUCUGAUUCCGAAUCAGUUCGGUGGUUAAACCAUGCUGUUGAAAAGAUAUGGCCUAUUUGUAUGGAACAGAUUGCAUCACAGAAGAUUCUGCUUCCAAUCAUACCUUGGUUCUUGGAAAAGUACAAACCAUGGACUGCUAAGAAGGCUGUGGUUCAUCACUUAUAUUUGGGAAGAAAUCCACCUUUGUUCACAGAGAUGAGGGUUCUUCGCCAAUGCUGUGAUGAUGACCAUUUGGUACUGGAGUUGGGAAUGAAUUUUCUCACAGCAGAUGACAUGAGUGCAAUUCUUGCUGUUAAACUAAGGAAAAGACUGGGAUUUGGAAUGUGGGCAAAGUUGCAUAUGACAGGCAUGCAUGUUGAAGGAAAGGUCUUGGUUGGGGUGAAGUUUAUCCGGCAGUGGCCUUUCCUUGGCCGUCUGCGAGUAUGCUUUGCUGAGCCUCCAUAUUUCCAGAUGACUGUGAAACCUAUCUUUACACAUGGACUUGAUGUUACUGAACUUCCAGGGAUUGCUGGAUGGCUUGAUAAGCUUCUCUCAAUUGCAUUUGAGCAGACGCUUGUUGAGCCCAACAUGCUGGUUGUUGAUGUUGAGAAGUUUGCAUCACCCCAGCCAGAAAACUGGUUUUCUGUUGAUGAGAAGCAACCUAUUGCUCAUGCCAAGGUUGCAAUUAUUGAAGCAUCUGAUAUGAAACCUUCGGAUUUUAAUGGAUUGGCUGAUCCAUAUGUGAAGGGGCGACUUGGCGCUUAUAGAUUCAGGACUAAGACGCACAAGAAAACUUUGUCUCCAAAAUGGCAUGAGGAAUUUAUGAUCCCUGUCUGCACGUGGGAGACACCUAAUGUUCUGAUUAUUGAAGUUCGUGACAAGGACCAUUUUGUUGAUGAUACGCUUGGUAAUUGCACAGUAAAUAUCGGUGAUUUUAGGGGUGGCCAGAGACAUGACAUGUGGUUGCCACUUCAAAAGAUUAAAACAGGAAGACUGCAUCUUGCAAUUACCGUGCUUGAAGAUAACACUAAGGGAAGUGAUGAUGCAGUUGAUGCUGAACCAUUGAACAAGGAAGAUAUACAAAACUCCUUUUCAACUAAAUCUGCUGAUAAAGAUUCAUUCUCACCCAUAUCUUCGAUGAAAUCUCAAAACCUGCCAGAUCAUUUUGAACCUAUAAAUGUUGAAGGACAACAAGAAACUGGGAUAUGGAUCCAUCAACCUGGAAGUGAAGUGCCACAGACUUGGGAACCUAGAAAAGGGAAGGCUAGAAGCAUGGAGACUGUUUCAGCAGCUUCUGGAUCCCCUAAAAGUGACCACAGCAGUGCUGAAGAAAAUCCGGAUGCAAAGAAUCGAGUCAACAGAGUUAAGCGAGGUUUACGGAAGAUCAGUACUGUAUUUCACAGGAGUCCCAAAAGAGAGGGUCACUCAGGCAGCCUUGGAGAGGUGGUUUCAUCUCCCUAUGCAAACCUCAGAGCAGUCAAUGACAAAGAAGUUUUGGUGAAGUUUGUUGUAGAUGACAAUCUUUCAGGGCCUUCUUCUGAUAAGGUCUCAAAUGAAGGAAGCUUGAGUCCUACAGCAAGCAGACCAGAAAGCCCUAGCAGAAUGAAAGAUAUGGCAAAGAGUAUUUUGAAGCAUGCUGAGAAAUCUGCUCGUAGCAUAAAACAUGUUCUGUCCCGUAAAGGGUCAAAAAAAUCUCAUGAUCUGUCAGAUGUGACAGAACAAGAGUUUUCAAUAGAACCUGACUCUGAUGAUAAUGAAUCUUGGUCAUCCCCUGGAGUCAAGCCAAUGCCAGUUGUUUUCAAUCGAAUGUCCAGUUCCAGUGGCAAUGACGAUGAUCAUGAUACUCAGGAGCAUGUCAUUCUGACAGAUUCAAGCAACGAAGUGGACCCUCCAAUAAGCAUUGAGGGACAAGCAGAGAAAAUGAGUGUUGAAGGCCCUAAUGAAAUCGAUGAAGAUGAGGUGAACAGUCCCAUUAAGCUCGGUAAUGGACUGAUUGAGUCCCCCAAACCAAAACCUCCUGAAGGAAACUUGGAAUGCGAGAAAAGGGUUGAAGACACUCCUCACACUGAUACUAAAGUUUAGGUUUGCUGAGUCCUUUGCAUUUAUUGAUUUUUUUAAUUAACGAGUUUUGAAGAACAGUGGUAGUGUUACAGCAAUAGAGUUAGAUGCAUACCAAACGCAUAUAUGGUUUGUUGUGAAUUUUCAUGUUUUUUUAUUCUUUGUUAUACAAUCUUAUCAUCCAUGUAAAAUCUGAAAAUGAAACAGUUGUACAUGUUGAUAAAAGUACACCGAGUCUUGAGUGCAAUAGUUUCAUCUU